AUGAGGCUGCUGCUAGCCCACCUGGCAGCCCUCUGCCUGGCUCUGACCUGGGCUGGGGGCACGAAGCUCCAGAGAGGUGAGAUGGCUGCGGGUGGCCCGGAGCAGACGGUCCUGCCUGGAGGACAGGGGGUCUUCCUCGGCCCAGGCUUUGGGGACGGGGGGCUCUCCAUCCAGCAGGAAGGCAGAACCCGGAACCACGGCCACAGCGUGUGCAGCACCUGGGGCGAUUUCCACUACAAGACCUUCGAUGGCGACGUCUUCCGCUUCCCCGGGCUGUGCGACUACAACUUCGCCUCCGACUGCCGCGACGCCUACAAGGAGUUCGCCCUGCACCUGAGGCGCGGCCCCAGCAGCAGUGGGGGCCCGUCCCAGGUCGAGCACAUCCUGCUGACCGUCAAGGACGACACCAUCUACCUCACCCGCCAGCUCACUGUGCUGAACGGGGCCAUGGUCAGCACGCCCCACUACAGCCCGGGGCUGCUCAUCCAGAAGACUGACGCCUACACCAAGGUCUACUCCCGCGCUGGACUCGCACUCAUGUGGAAUCGGGAGGAUUCAGUCAUGCUCGAGCUGGACAGUAAGUUCCGGAACCACACGUGCGGCCUCUGCGGGGACUACAACGGCCUGCAAACCUACUCGGAGUUCCUCUCCGAGGGUGUCCCCUUCAGUCCCGUGGAGUUUGGGAACAUGCAGAAGGUGAACAAGCCUGAGGUGGUGUGCGAGGACCCCGAGGACACGGUGGUCCCCGAGUCCUGCUCCGAGCACCGCGCCGAGUGCGAGCAGCUGCUGACGGCCGCAGCCUUCGAGAGCUGCCAGGGCCUGGUGCCCGUGGAGCUGUACGUGCAGGCCUGCGCGCAGGACCGCUGCCGCUGCCCGCAGAACGCCUCCUGCGUCUGCAGCACCAUCGCCGAGUUCUCCCGCCAGUGCUCCCACGCCGGCGGGCGCCCGGAGAACUGGAGGACCGACGCGUUCUGCCCUAAGAGCUGCCCUGGGAACAUGGUCUACCUGGAGAGCGGCUCGCCCUGCAUGGACACCUGCUCACACCUGGAGGUCAGCAACCUGUGUGAAGAGCACCGCAUGGACGGUUGCUUCUGCCCAGAAGGCACUGUGUUUGAUGACAUCGCGGGCGGCGGCUGCAUCCCCGUGAGCCAGUGUGGCUGCAAGCUGCACGGACACCUGUACACGCCUGGCCAGGAGGUCACCAACGCCUGCGAGCAGUGUGUCUGCAACGCUGGCCGCUGGGCGUGCCAGGACCUGCAGUGUCCGGGGACCUGCAGCCUGGAGGGCGGUGCGCACAUCUCCACCUUCGACGGGAGGAAGUACACCUUCCACGGGGACUGCUACUACGUGCUGACCAAGACCCUGAACGACUCCUACGCCCUCCUGGGCGAGCUGGCCCCCUGCGGCUUCACGGACAAGCAGACCUGCCUGAAGACGGUGGCGCUGCUGGCCGACGGCAAGAAGAACGUGGUGGCCUUCAAGUCGGAUGGCAGCGUCCUGCUGAAUGAGCAGAAGGUGAACCUGCCCCAUGUGACGGCGAGCUUCUCCAUAUUUCAACCCUCCUCCUACCACCUCGUCGUGACCACCAGCUUCGGCCUCAAGCUGCAGAUCCAGCUGCUGCCGGUCAUGCAGCUCUUCCUGACGCUGGACCAGGCUGCCCAGGGCCUUGUGCAGGGCCUCUGCGGGAACUUCAAUGGCCUCGAAGGGGACGACUUCAGGACGGCCGGGGGGCUGGUGGAGGCCACGGGCGCCGGCUUCGCCAACACCUGGAAGGCCCAGUCGAGCUGCAGCGACAAACUGGACUGGCUGGACGACCCCUGCGCCCUCAACAUCGAGAGCGCCAACUACGCCGAGCACUGGUGCUCCCUGCUGAAGAAGACCAAGAGCCCGUUCGCGAGGUGCCACUCCACUGUGGACCCAGCCGAGUAUUACAAGAGGUGCAAGUAUGACACGUGCAACUGCCAGAACACGGAGGACUGCAUGUGCGCGGCUCUGUCCUCAUACGCCCGCGCCUGUGCCGCCAAGGGCGUCAUGCUGUGGGGCUGGCGGGAGCAUGUCUGCAACAAGGACCUGGACUCCUGCCCCAAGUCGCAGGUCUUCCUGUACAACCUGACUGCCUGCCAGCAGACCUGCCGCUCGCUGUCCGAGUCCGACACCCACUGCCUGCAGGGCUUCGCGCCCGUGGAUGGCUGCGGCUGCCCUGACCACAUGUAUCUGGACGAGAAGGGCCGCUGCGUGCCCCUGGCCAAGUGCUCCUGCUACCACCGCGGCCUCUACCUGGAGGCGGGGGAUGUGGUCCUGAGGCAGGAGGAGCGAUGCGUCUGCCGGAACGGGAGGCUGAGCUGCAUACAGGUCAAGCUGAUCGGCCAGGCCUGCGAGGCCCCGAAGAUCAGUGUCGACUGCAGCAAUGUGACAGCGCUGUCCACCCGGAGCCCCAGGCCCAUCAGCUGCCAGACGCUGGCCGCCGGCUACGUGCGUUCUGGGGGCACCGCUGAGGCGGGGGGCUCAGGGGGCUCCCGUGCGGAGGCGUGCCCGUGUGUGCACAACAGCGACCUGUACCUGCCCGGGGACAAGAUCAGGGUCGACUGCAACACCUGCACCUGCCAGAAAGGGCGCUGGGCGUGCACCCAGUCUGUGUGCCACGGCACCUGUACCAUCUACGGGAAUGGCCACUACAUCACCUUCGAUGGGAAGUACUAUGACUUCGACGGGCACUGCUCCUAUGUGGCCGUUCAGGACUACUGUGGCCAGAACACCUCCCUGGGUUCCUUCAGUAUCAUCACCGAGAAUGUGCCCUGCGGUACCACGGGGGUCACCUGCUCCAAGGCCAUCAAGAUCUUCAUUGGGAGGACGGUGCUGAAGCUGGAGGACAGACACUGCACGGUGAUCCAGCGUGACGUGGGCCACGACGUGGCCUACACCACACGGGAUGUGGGCCAGUACCUGGUGGUGGAGGCCAGCAUCGGGGUCAUCGUCAUCUGGGACAGGAAGACCACCAUCUUCAUCAAGCUCGACCCCUCAUAUGAGGGCGCGGUGUGUGGCCUGUGCGGGAACUUCGACCAGCGGUCCAAAAACGACUUCACCACGCGGGACAGCAUGGUGGUGGACAGCGAGCUGGACUUCGGGAACAGCUGGAAGGAGGCCUCCACCUGUCCGGACGUGAGGACCACCCCGGACCCUUGCACCGCGAACCUGCACCGCCGCUCCUGGUCGGAGAAGCAGUGCAGCAUCAUCAAAAGCCGGGUUUUCGGGCUCUGCCACAGCAAGGUGGACCCCAUGCCCUUCUACGAAGCCUGCGUCCAAGACUCCUGCUCCUGCGACACCGGCGGGGACUGCGAGUGCUUCUGCUCCGCCGUGGCCUCUUAUGCCCAGGAGUGCACCAAGGAGGGCGCCUGCGUGUUCUGGAGGACCCCCGACCUGUGCCCCAUAUUCUGCGACUACUACAACCCCCCGGGCGAGUGUGAGUGGCACUACGAACCUUGCGGGAAUCGCAGCUUCGAGACCUGUCGGACCGUCAACGGCAUCCACUCCAACAUCUCCGUGUCCUACCUGGAGGGCUGCUACCCCCGGUGCCCUAAGCACAGCCCCAUCUACGAUGAGGAGCUGAAGGCGUGCGUCACGAGGGACAAAUGCGGCUGCUACAUCGGCAACACUCACUAUGUGCCGGGAACACCCGUGCCCACAGGGCAGACCUGCCACUCUUGCGUAUGUACCGACUCCUCAGAAGUGGUCUGCCGGGUUGAUGAAGGGAAGAUCGUCAGCAUCAUACAGAACGGCUCUUUCUGCUACUGGGAGUUCUGCGGCCCCAACGGGACGGUGGAGAAACACUUCAACGUCUGUGUGUCCACCUCAGCACCCUCAACCCCUGCCACGACCACGCCCACCACCACCACCCCUGCCACCACCACCCCCACCAGCACCACUCCGACCCCCAGCACGGCACCACCUUCCUCUUCACCCACUACAGUUUCCUGCUGCUUCUGGUCCGACUGGAUCAACAACGACCAUCCCAGUGACAAUAGUGACGGCGGGGACCGAGAGACGUUCGACGGCGUCUGCGGGGCCCCCCAGAACAUCGAGUGCAGGGCGGCCACGGAGCCCUUCCUCAGCUGGGAGACGCUGGGCCAGAAGGCUCAAUGCAAUGUCUCUGUUGGGUUCAUCUGCAAGAACGAAGACCAGUUUGGAAACGAACUUUUUGGGCUCUGUUACGACUACGAGAUACGGGUCUACUGCUGCCAGAAGAGGGACGAGUGUCCUACCUCGAGCCCAACCACCACCCCGCCGACCACCACCCCGACGACCACCACCCCGCCGACCACCACCCCACUGACCACCACUCCAACCACUAUACCAACUCCCACCCCACAAACCACCACCCCACUGACCACUACUCCACUGACCACCACCCCACCAACCACCACCCCGCUGACCACCACCCCACCAACCACCACCCCAACCACUAUACCAACUCCCACCCCACAAACCACCACCCCACUGACCACUACUCCACCGACCACCACCCCGCUGACCACCACCCCAACCGCUACCCCAACCACCACCCCACAAACCACCCCGCUGACCACCACCCCACAAACUACCACCCCGCCAACCACCACCCCGACCACCACCCCAACCACUACACCAACCUCCACCCCACAAACCACCCCGCUGACCACCACCCCACCGACCACUACUCCACCGACCACUACUCCACCGACCACCACCCCGCUGACCACCACCCCAACCGCUACCCCAACCACCACCCCACAAACCACCCCGCUGACCACCACCCCGCCGACCACCACCCCGCCGACCACCACCCCACCAACCACCACCCCACUGACCACUACUCCACCGACCACCACCCCACCGACCACCACUUCAACCACUAUACCAACUCCCACCCCACAAACCACCACCCCACUGACCACUACUCCACUGACCACCACCCCGCUGACCACCACCCCAACUCCGUGUCUGCCAGACUGCAGGUGGACCGGCUGGCUCGAUUCUGGCAAACCGAACGAUACCGAAGCAGGUGAAGACGUUGAAUCCCUUGAGAACAUCUGCAAGAGGGGCUGGGUAGCCAACAUCUCCUGCAGAGCCGCCGUGUUCCCCGACACUCCCCUCCAAGAGCUUGGACAAACUGUGGUGUGUGACACCUCUGUUGGGCUUGUGUGCAAAAACCAGGACCAGAAGCCGGGCGGAGCCACCCCGACGUCUGCCUGCCUCAACUACGAAAUCGACGUCUACUGCUGUUUUGUUCCACGUAACUGUGUCUCCACACCUUCGACCACCACUAUGAAGACCCCAGGCCCAUCGUCUACCACACUUUCAUCGGAGACUACAAAGACUCCAACCCCUACACCCACAACCACAGAGACCACCGCCCCCACCACCACCACAGAGACGACUGCCCCCACCACAACCACAACCACAGGGACCCCAACACCAACACCCACCACCACUACAACAGAGACUCCAACCCCAACACCCAUCACAGAGACCACCACCCCCACCACAACCACAGAGACCACUGCCCCCACCACCACCACUGGGACCACCGCCCCCACCACCACCACAGGGACCACCACCCCCACCACAACCACAACCACAGGGACACCAACCCCAACACCCACAACCACAGGGACCACCGCCCUCACGACCACCACAGAGACCACUGCCCCCACCACAACCACAACCACAGGGACCACCACCCCCACCACAGCCAUAGAGACCACCCCCUCAACCACAUCCACAACCACAGGGACCACCCCCACCACCACUACCACAACCACAGGGACCCCAACCCCAACACCCACCACCACUCCAACAGAGACUCCAACCCCUACACCCACAGUCACAGAGACCACUGCCCCCAAGACGACCACUGAGACCACCGCCCCCACCACAACCACAGCCACAGAGACCACCCCGCCUCCGUGUCUGCCGGACUGCAGGUGGACUGGCUGGCUGGAUUCUGGCAAACCGAAUGAUACCGAAGCAGGUGAAGACGUUGAAUCCCUUGAGAACAUCUGCAAGAGGGGCUGGGUAGCCAACAUCUCCUGCAGAGCCGCCGUGUUCCCCAACACUCCCCUCCAAGAGCUUGGACAAACUGUGGUAUGUGACACCUCUGUUGGGCUUGUGUGCAAAAACCAGGACCAGAAGCCGGGCGGAGCCACCCCGACGUCUGCCUGCCUCAACUACGAAAUCGACGUCUACUGCUGUUUUGUUCCACGUAACUGUGUCUCCACACCUUCGACCACCACUAUGAAGACCCCAGGCCCAUCGUCUACCACACUUUCAUCGGAGACUACAAGUCCUACCGCUACAGAGACCCCAGCUACAACACUCUCCACAGCUUCAACUGGGACUCCAAUGCCAACCUCUAGCACCACCUCAAGAGAGACAACAACCACCACACCCACAACCACAGGGACCACAAGCCCGCCAUCUACCACCACUACGACAGAGACUCCAACCCCAACACCCACCGCCACAGGGACCACCACCCCCACCACCACCACAGAGACCACAGCCCCCACCACAACCACAACCACAGGGACCCCAACCCCAACCACCACAACCACAGAGACCACCACCCCCACCACAACCACAACCACAGGGACCCCAACCCCAACACCCACCACCACUCCAACAGAGACUCCAACCCCAAUAUCCACCACCACAGGGACCACCACCCCCACCACCACCACAGAGACCACCGCCCCCACCACAACCACAACCACAGGGACCCCAACCCCAACACCCACAACCACAGAGACCACUGCCCCCACCACAACCACAACCACAGAGACCACCGCCCCCACCACAACCACAGGGACCACCACCCCGCCCAUCACCACAGGGACCACAGGCCCCACCACAACCACAACCACAGGGACCCCAAGCUCAACACCUACAACCACAGGGACCCCAAGCCCUCCAUUUACCACGACUACAACAGAGACUCCAACCCCAACACCCACCACCACAGAGACCACCGCCCCCACCACAACCACAGAGACCACCACCCCCACCACAACCACAACCACAGGGACCCCAACCCCAACACCCACAACCACAGAGACCCCAAGCCCAACAUCUACCACCACUAUAACAGAGACUCCAACCCCAACACCCACCACCAAGACUCCAACCCCAACACCCACAACCACAGAGACCACCACCCCCACCACAACCACAACCACAGGGACCCCAACCCCAACACCCACCACCACAGAGACCACCGCCCCCACCACUCCCACGACAGGGACCCCAAGCGCAACACCCACCGGCACACCUCCCACCAGCAGCACAGCCGUGGAGCCCUCCAGCACACCCCUGACCCCGACGCUGACAGUGCCGACGGUCACUCCAGCGGGAGGCACCACCCUUCCAGGCUCGCCGACCCUGGGUCCCACCUCCUCGAAGACCACCCCCACCCCUGGUUCCACGACGAGGCCGCCUUUACUCAGCACAAGCCCUACCUCCAGCCCCACUGCCACGCCUGUGUCAGCCACCUCCACAGGCGCCCCCACACCAACAGGACGCCCGUCGACCCCGCCGGAGACCCCCAGCACCUGGACCUCCAGUGUGUCCACCUCCACUGUGACCCCAGCAACCUCCCUCCUCGUUACCACCAGUGGGGUCACCCCCUCCAGGUUGCUUCCAUGCUGCUUCUUGAAUGGGACCUACUACGCCCCAGGCGAGGUGGUGUACAACGGCACGUAUGGAGACACGUGCUACUACGUGAACUGCUCGCUGGAAUGCACGCUUGAGUUCUUCAACUGGUCGUGCCCAUCCACACCCACCCCAACACCCAGCCCAUCCACACCCACCCCAACACCCAGCCCAUCCGCACCCACCAGCCAAGAAUCCGGGACAUCUACCGCGCCAGUGCCCGGGGUCCCCGGGUGCCCGGACUUGGACCCUCCCAGGCAGGAGAACGAGAGCUGGUGGAUGUGCAACUGCACGAAGGCCACGUGCAAGUACAACAACAUCGUGGAGCUCGUGAAGGUGCCGUGCGAGCCCCCACCCAUGCCCACCUGCACCAACGGCCUUGCGCCCGUGCGCGUCCAGGACCCCGACAAGUGCUGCUGGCACUGGGAGUGCGACUGCUACUGCACUGGCUGGGGGGACCCGCACUACGUCACCUUCGACGGGCUCUACUACAGCUACCAGGGCAACUGCACGUACGUGCUGGUGGAGGAGGUCAGCCCCAGGGUGGACAACUUCGGCAUCUAUGUCGACAACUACCACUGCGACGUCAACGAUGAGGUGUCCUGCCCCCGCACGCUCAUCGUGCACCACGAAACCCAGGAGGUGCUGAUCAAGACCGUGCAGAUGACGCCCAUAAUGGUGCAGGUGCAGGUCAACAGGCAGGCCGUGGCGCUGCCCUACACCAAGUUCGGGCUGCGGGUAUACGAGUCGGGCAUCAACUACAUGGUUGACAUCCCCGAGCUGGGCGCCCUCGUGUCCUACAACGGCCUCUCCUUCUCCAUCCGGCUGCCCUACCGCCUGUUCGGCAACAACACGAAGGGCCAGUGUGGCACGUGCACCAACAGCACCUUGGACGACUGUGUGCUGCCCAGUGGGGAGAGCAUUGACAACUGCGAGGUCGCAGCUGACUCCUGGGUGGUGAAUGACCCCUCCAAGCCACGCUGCCCCCACACCAGCUUCACCACCAGGCGCCCGGCCACCUCGCCCUUGGCGGGCACCAGCAGCUUCCCCACGAAGAGCUGUGCGUCUCCACUCUGUGAGCUCAUCAAGGACAGCUUGUUUGCCCAGUGCCACGCCCUGGCGCCCCCCCAGCACUACUAUGAAGCCUGCCUGUUCGACAGCUGCUAUGUGCCUGGCUCGAACCUGGAGUGCGCCAGCCUGCAGACCUACGCGGCCCUGUGUGCCCAGGAGGGCAUCUGCGUGGACUGGCGGAACCACACGGGCGGGGCCUGCCCGGUGACAUGCCCCGCCCAUCGUGAGUACCGGGCCUGCGGCCCCGUGGAGGAGCCCACCUGUAAGUCCAGCCCCUCCGAGCCGAACAGCACGCGCCUGGUGGAAGGCUGCUUCUGCCCCGAGGGCACCACCAGCUACGCGCCCGGCUUCGACGUCUGCGUGGACCUGUGCGGCUGCGUGGGGCCGGACAACGUGCCCAGAGAGUACGGGGAGCACUUCCAGUUCGACUGCAAGGAUUGCAUCUGCCUGGAGGGCGGGAGCGGCAUCAUCUGCAAGCCCAAGACGUGCCGGCCGGAGCCCCGGCUGGAGUGCGAGGAGGACGGCACCUACCCACUCACGGAGGUGGACCCCGCCAACACCUGCUGCAACCUCACCUCCUGCAAGUGCAACGCCAGCCUGUGCAGGGAGAAGCCCCCUCUGUGCUCACUGGGCUUCCAGGUGAAGAGCGAGAUGGUGCCCGGGAGGUGCUGCCCCCUGUACUCGUGUGUGCCCAAGGGCGUGUGUGUGCUGGAGCAUGCCGAGUACCAGCCUGGCUCUCCAGUCUAUUCAUCCAAGUGCCAGAACUGCGUCUGCACCGACCGCAGGGACAGCGCCACGCAGCUCAACGUCAUCACCUGCACCUACGUGCCCUGCAACACCACCUGCAGCCCGGGCUUUGAGCUGGUGGACGCCCCCGGGGAGUGCUGCAAGAAAUGCGAGCAGACUCACUGCAUCAUCAGCCGGCCUGGCCAGCAGAACCUGGUCCUGAAGGGCUCCAUCACGCUCAUGCCCAACGGCUGCUGCAGGAAGUGCAUCCCUCGAAAUGAGACCAGCGUCCCUGUCCCCUGUGCUGCCGUCCCUGUCACAAGGGAGAUUUCGCACAACGGCUGCAACGCGUCGGUCUCCAUGAAUGACUGCUCUGGGUCCUGCGGGACCUUCGCCAUGUACUCGGCCGAGGCCCAGGCCCUGGACCACAGGUGCUCCUGCUGCAGAGAGCAGCGCGCCAGCCAGCGGGAGGUGAUGCUGCGGUGCCCGGACGGGGGCACGCUCCGCUACACCUACACGCACAUCGACAGCUGCCUGUGCCAGGACACCCUGUGCGAGCUGCCCACCCAGCGCAGGGCCCGGCGCUCCUCGCCCCUUGGGGUGGCCCCCGGGCGGGGGUGA